AUGACCACCAUCGAAUCCACAAGGCUGCGACCAGCAAACCAGCCAAUACCGACAUCAACACCCCUAUCCAUCCUCGACGCAACAGUCGUGCGCUUUACUCCAACAGGAGCAAUUUGGAUUUUCAGCCAACAUAUAGACUUAGACCAGAAGACCUUGAUCGAGAAUUUGCGAACUUCCUUUAUUGAAACCAUAUCAAAAUUCCCUCAAUGGGCAGGCCAACUACAAUGGGCACUCGUCAACCCCAAAGGAAAUCACACCGAGCGAUUCAAUCGCCCAUUGAUUGUAUAUGGAACAGACACCGACCCUGGUGUUGAAUGGAUAGUAAUCGAGCAUCCCUUCCGAGCAGACGAAAUCGUCCCGACAGCGGAAGAACGGGCUUCAUCUUCAUCAACCACCGGCUCUCAACCCGGGGUAUGGGCAGGCGAUGACUUUAACCAAAAAUUAUUCCUACCAUCCAGCCCACUGGCACUGGCCAAUCUGCGCGACUAUGCCGGUCUGCCGGCAGUGCAAGUUCAAAUCACUCUUCUCCAGGAAGGGGGAUACGCCAUCGGAAUCCAGAUGGCGCACUGUCUAGCAGACGCACAGGCUUUAAUGGUAUUUGUCCAUUUAUGGGCAUAUAACAGCAAAAAGCAAUUUGGAAACCAACCCGAAUUACCAUUAAUGGGUGAGCCCGUGUUCGAUCCCGCAAUGCUGGACAGCUGCGCCGCGGGUGAGAUCGAUGGGCCCGAGCCCGAUCAAACCCUCGUACAAACCGCGCGAAAAUUACCCUUGCAUCGGUAUAGCUGGUGGAAUGUUGUCGAAGAGGGCGGCCCUGAAUUCUUAAUACCGACGACAGAGAACUCCAAACCGCCGCCCGCAGAAAUCGACCACAAACGAGUCUCGCCCUCAGAACCAGCGCCGUGGGCUUCGUGGGAUUUCUCCAAGAAAGUCAGAUACACACAGUUGCAUUUCACAGGCGAAGAGCUACGCAAAUUCCAAGCUAUGGCCCUCGAUACACCGGGCGGUCGAUGUGAUAUCUCUAGACUAGAUGCCUUACUCGCACACCUGUGGAUAGCCAUUACACGAGCACGCGGACAAGCCGAGUCUCCAAGACCCGUAUAUAUGAAUUUGAGCCUCGGCGCCCGACCGCGUGUUUCCCCGCUCUUCCUGAUACGUUCAUCGGAUCCCCGCUGUUCCUGA